AUGGGUCGUAUGCACAAUCCCGGAAAGGGUAUAUCCCAGUCGGCACUGCCGUAUCGUCGUUCCGUCCCAACAUGGCUCAAACUGACAAGUGAGGAUGUACAGGAGCAAAUUACAAGACUUGCAAAGAAGGGAUUGAGACCUUCGCAGAUUGGUGUUAUAUUACGUGAUUCACACGGUGUUGCACAAGUACGUCGUGUUACAGGCAACAAAAUUGUGCGCAUUCUUAAAAGCAAGGGCAUGGCACCCGAGAUUCCUGAGGAUUUGUACCACUUGAUCAAGAAGGCCGUUAAUAUCCGCAAGCAUCUUGAGCGCAAUCGCAAGGAUAAGGACUCAAAAUACCGUUUAAUUUUGGUAGAGUCACGAAUCCACCGUCUCGCCCGAUACUACAAGACUAAGCGCCAGUUGCCAACCACGUGGAAAUAUGAAUCGUCAACUGCGUCUGCUCUCGUCUCAUAA